GGUGUGCCCGCGCGGGACUUCGUGUAGCUCAGAGAGGCUUCGGUAGCUCAUCAUGCCCCAGACAAGAAUCAUUAGCUCCUGUAGCCCUUUUUAGCUGCUUCACUGUCUCGGCGAUCGGCACCUCCGAGCUGUUGCUGGGCCAGACCCGGUCGUUCUGGCGGUUAAGAGCUUAGAAGAGCUCGAAGAGCGACUCGUUAUUGAACAGGAAGCGUCUCCGGUCCUGAGCGGACCAGUUCUUGCGAGCCUUGGUGAAUUCCAGCCGCCUGCGCUUCUGGUCCACGCUCACAUUUUCCGCACCAUGCUUCGGCUGUUUGAGACAUCCUUGCAUGCAAAGCUGUAUGCAGAGUUCCGGCCGAACCCGCCAGCAUCUCUCAUUAAUGUUGUUUUGCAAGCUGUCAAGAAGAAGUUGCCACUGGAUCGUGCACUUGAUGUCGGCUGCGGCAGUGGACAGAACACCCGCUGUCUGGCACCCCAUUUCCGUUCCGUACUAGCCACGGACGUCAGUCCAGCGCAGAUCAAGGAGGCGGCCGCAAGUAACACUGUCGCGAAUAUCGAAUACCGGGUAUCAGCCGCCGAGGAGAUCCCAGCGCCGCCCGACUCCAUACAGCUGAUCGCCGCCUGCCAGUGCGCCCAUUUCUUCGAGCUGCCCCGUUUCUUCGCGGAGGCGGACCGCGUGCUGGCGCCGGGCGGCCUGCUCGCUCUGUAUGCGUACGGCUUGCCCGAGCCGUACCGCGACGGCGCGCUCUGGACCGAACUCAAUGACGUCAUACUGCAGGCUCAGGCGGCCACGGCCGGCUUCUGGGCGCACACCCGGAAUGAGGUGGCGGACCGGUACAGCGACCCACGCUUCCGGCUGCCCUACCCGGGCGAGGUCAGGGAUGAGAGCCACUACCAGGAGCGGACGCUGACGCUGGACGGCCUGCUGGGCGGCAUCAGCACCUGGUCCGGCUUCCAGACCAUGGUGGACCGCUGCGGCGCCGAGCGGGGCGAGGCCCUGCUGCAGCAGACCAGGGAGCGAUUCCAUGCGGUGCUCUCCAGCGGCGAUCCGAAGGUCGAUACUAGCGCCAUCACUAUCACCGUCCGGUACUUCUACUUCCUGCUGAUGGCGCGGAAGCCGGUGUCGCCCUGAUCGCGGCUCACAGAUGACAGCGUUCGUGCUUGUCGUGCCGUUUUGGGACGGCGCAUAGCGGGAGCUGGAGAUGGGAGACAGCGGGAGACGGUGAUUAGCUGGAUGGAUUGGGAAAGUCAGUUUGUCUCACGUGGGCGAGGUGCGUUUAGAGGCUCUUCGAAUGAGCGGGUAAGAUGCUGGGAUACAAUUUUGUACCUCGAUAUUCUGCUGUUGGAGUAGUGUAGCUGAAAACUGUCUCGUCAUUGUGGAGCUUUAGGUGUCUAUUUUUGUAUGAAUCUUGUUGAGAGGGCACUAUGCGAUUAACGGGACAAGUGACGGGAUGAAGUGAGUAUUCAUAUAAUACGAAUCCUUCAGUGUGGUAUUUUAUGAGAAUCGGGUUCUUUGCUUUAUUAUCGUGGCAUGCAAGGGUUGAGCGGUAGUGAUACAGCAAAUGUAGCUGCUCAUUGUCAAUGCCAACGAGUGACUCGCACUACCGUAGUGGUGCUGUUUUUCACACGUUGUGCUCUUUUCGGGAUAUAGCUGGCGUCCGUUGAUAUUGCUAACGCGUACGUCAUGUCAUAAGUAUGUCGUUCAAGAACGUGACGAAUGUUGUUGUUCACUGUUCACCACCUCGCGUUCCUCGGGAAUGGUUUUGUCCGCUGGUUAGUGUGAUUGCCAACGGAGCGUCUGUUUCUGUUGUCCGUCGAGAUAAUUUGCCUGACCUGAUCAACCAUCGACACUAAUGCAUGUCAGACCUGUGCCAUUCCAGCCAGCGUUGUGCGUGUCUUGCAACGAUGUCGGCCUUACCAUGAGAUGACAAUAAAUCAGAUUCGCCGUC